AUGGCGGGAAUUAUGACGGAGAAGCUCCCGCACGAGCUUCGCGCUCUCUUCGCGCCGCGACCCCCGUUGCGAUGGGUCGAGGCCGUCGACAAGCGCCCCGAGCAGCGACGGACUCGCCACAUCGAUGGAGUCGGAGCAUUCCUCUCGGACCUGAAGGAGUACAACGCCAACGAAAUCUCCGAACCCACCGAGAGCUGGCUCGAACGUCGCGACCGCAAGAAGCAGGACAAGAAGGAGGCGAUCAAGGAGCUGGCUACCUUGGGUCCCAAACAAUUCAAACCAGAGGAAGACCCCAACGUCCGUGGCAAUGCGCUGUCGACCAUGGUGGUCGCCCGCCUCAGCUACGAGGCCGAUGAGCGCGACCUCGAGCGGCACUUUGGACGAUUCGGGCCCAUUGAGCGUAUUCGAAUCGUCAAGGAUACCCAUGCGCAUGAGAAGCCCGGAAAGAAGAAGAAGCCUCACAGAGGUUAUGCCUUUGUCGUGUUUGAGCGCGAAAAGGACAUGCAAGGCAGACAGGUCAAGCUGGAUGUCGAGCGUGGCCGCACAGUCGUCGGCUGGACGCCACGGAGACUGGGCGGGGGUCUUGGCGGACGCAAUUACACCAAAGCCUUGCCCUUCCAGCCCAUGGGCCCCCGUGGCGGCUUCAGAGAUGGCUUCAGAGGCGGCUUCCGUGGUGGCUUCGACGGCGGUCGAGGGCGUGGCGGCGGCCGCGGUGGUCGUGGCGGUUUCCGCGGUGGCUUUGACGGUCCUCGAGGAGGAGACCGCAACGGCUUCGGGCCGCCCUCGGGUGCCCCGUUGGGCCCAGGUUUCGACAGACGCAAUGGUGACCGCGGCUUCUCUGGGCCUGGCUACGACCGUGGCCCUCGCUUCGAUGACCGGCCCGAGCGAUCUGGCGGCUUUGGCGGCGGACGAUUCGGCGACCGUGAUCCAGGCCGUAGGACUGGCAGCAACACUGAGCCAAUUGGUCGCCGAGAGGGUGGGUAUCGUGACCGAGACCGAGAUCGAGACCGCGACCGCGACCGCGAUCGUGAUCGCGACUAUGGAAGGGAUCGGGACAGGGACCGCGACAGGGACCGUGGCGGCCGCGACCGCCGUGACUUCGACCGGCCGCCGCGGGACGACGACAGCCGGAAGCGAGCAUAUGAAGGGGGCGGCUACGACGACUCUCGGAAAAUGCCACGCUACUGA